GGGGGUGACGCCCCGCCUGGCACUCCAGGUAGCUGUGGGUCAGCGGUCCCCCGCGGCCCGCGGGCGGGGGAGGGGGCGUUCCCACGGCCCCCGCCCCACGGCCCUCCGCCCGUGAUGUCACAGGCGCGGCGGGCCCGGCGUUCCCGGGUCGGCCUCGGGCGCCGGGCCGCGGGCCCCUGAGUCACGGACUGCCCGCGGCCCCUCCUCCAGUACUCCCACUCGCGCCGGCCCCCCGCAGGGGCUGGCGUUGGCGCGCGGCUCCGAGGGCGCGGGUGCCGGGGAUGGCUGUGCCCCCUUCAGCUCCUCCGCCGCGCUCGCCCGUGCACCUGGGGAGGCGGGCGCCGAGCGCGCGCUGCUCAUGGGGCAUGGAGGAGAAGGCGGCGGCCAGCGCCGGCUGCCGUGCGCCGCCGGGCCCCCCGAGGGCCGCCGCCGUCCCGUGCUUCGGCAUAUCGGUGGACCAGGACGACAUCCUCCCCGGCGCCCUGCGCCUCAUCCAGGAGCUGCGGCCGCGCUGGAAGCCCGAGCAAGUUCGGACCAAGCGCUUCACUGAUGGCAUUACCAACAAGCUGGUGGCCUGCUACGUGGAGGAGGACAUGCGGGACUGUGUGCUGGUCCGGGUGUACGGGGAGCGAACGGAGCUGCUGGUGGACCGGGAGAAUGAGGUCAGGAACUUCCAGCUGCUGCGAGCACAUGGCUGUGCCCCUAAACUCUACUGCACCUUCCAGAAUGGGCUGUGCUAUGAGUACAUGCGGGGCAUGGCCCUGGGGCCUGAGCACAUCCGUGAGCCCCGGCUUUUCAGGCUAAUCGCCUUAGAAAUGGCAAAGAUUCACACCAUCCACGCCAACGGCAGCCUGCCCAGGCCCACUCUCUGGCACAGGAUGCACAAUUAUUUCACCCUUGUGAAGAGCGAGAUCAGCCCCAGCCUUUCUGCAGAUGUCCCUAAGGUAGAGGUGUUGGAACAGGAGCUGGCCUGGCUGAAGGAGCACCUGUCCCAGUUGGACUCCCCUGUGGUGUUUUGUCACAAUGACCUGCUCUGCAAGAAUAUCAUCUAUGACAGCACCAAAGGUCAUGUACGGUUCAUUGACUAUGAAUAUGCCGGCUACAACUACCAAGCUUUUGACAUUGGCAACCAUUUCAAUGAGUUUGCAGGUGUGAAUGAAGUCGAUUACUGCCAGUACCCAGCGCGGGAGACCCAGCUGCAGUGGCUGCGCUACUACCUGCAGGCACAAAAGGGGACAGCCGUGACCCCCAGGGAGGUGGAGAGGCUCUACGUGCAAGUCAACAAGUUUGCCCUGGCGUCCCACUUCUUCUGGGCACUCUGGGCCCUCAUCCAGGCCCAGUUCUCCACCAUCAACUUUGAUUUCCUCAGGUACGCAGUGAUCCGAUUCAACCAGUACUUGGAGGUGAAGCCUCAAGUGUCAGCCUUGGAGAUGCCAAAGUGACCAGCUUCCUCGUCCCUCCCCCCACCUGCCUGGUCAGACCUGUUCUCCAGGGCUCGGCUCUGCUCUGGGUCCAACGCUUGGACAAGGUGGGAGAGGGGACAGGUGGGUGUCUAGGGAGAAGGUUCUGCCCCUGCCACCAGCCCCCAGUGGAUGCUGCUGGAGACCACAUUCUCUUGUUUGGAUGGGCUGACAGGGCCCAGCCCUCUGGGGGUCCUCUUCACCUUGCCAGACUUGGGGGAAGUACCUGUAGCCAGUCGCAACCUGGA